AUGACACUUUUGUUUGCACCGGAAACUCACUACAACAGAAAUCGGUUGUCCGAAGAGCAAAGAACGGGUACUCAAGGCUUGACUAAAAAGUGGAGCACAGGUGGUGGCAAAUCGGACCCUUAUUGCAUUGUCGGCAUUCCUCACAAGAAGCAUUCCACAUGGAGAACUUGCAUCUUGUUCAAGGAGCUCAAUCCGACGUGGGAUGAGGAGGAAGAGAUGAUCAACUACGAGCCGGGUGACAACAUAAAGUUCCAAGUCAUGGACUAUGACAAGAAAGAUCAAGAUGACCAUCUCGGAUCAGCCCUGCUACAAAGCGGCGAUUUCCAUCCAGACGGCUUCGAAGGCCUUCCAACAGUCUGGAGCAGGAGCCCAGUUUCAGCAGUGGCAGCGACUGCUCGGCGUGUUCUAUUUCGCGAGCCGUUUAGAAUUGCUGUGUGUAUGUACAUUUACACGCAUGGUUCGUCCUAUGUGCCUUUCGAUUGGCCGUUUAUGCACAUAUGCACCUCUGUGUGCGCCAUCUCUUUCAUGCUGUGCGUGAAGCGUCCGAUUGUGCUUUCGCCUAAUGGUGUCUACUAG